AUGAACCGCCUUCUGUACUACGGUAGUGUUGAAUCGAUUCCAUUCUAUAAUUGCUCAUGGAAGUCGCAAGAGGAAUGGUUCGAAAUUGGGCAGAAACGACCAUUUCUUGGAUAUCCAAUCACGAUUUUUGGGAUUUUUAUAGAGCUACUGUACCCGCCGAUUUUGUAUAUUAUUUUUAAGAAGAAGCUAAUUCGACAUGCAUGUUAUAAAAUUAUUGUGGUUUUGGCACUGGUGGAUAUGACGGCGACAGCUUGCAGUUGCCUUAUCAGUGGACCACUUUUCAUCCAGGGAGCCGUUUUUUGCUCUUAUCCAAAUUUCAUUUAUGUCAGUGGAAUUCUUGUGUUAAGUACUUGGUGCACCUCCUGCCUAUGCACCCUUCUCCUCUUCCUCAACCGUAUCAUUUUCAUUGCCGUACCCCAAUAUUCUCACCUCAUUGAUGGAAAUCUCGUUUAUCUCUCUUUAAUUCUCAUCGCUUCUUACUUCAUAUUCUGGUUCUUUUUCACACCUACAGUAUGCUUCAAUUCAGUAGGAAUGGCUUGGUAUCCGGAUCCAUUAGCUAUGGAGAAGUCAUCGGAAGAGGCUGAGGAGUACUAUAGGAAUACUCCACAGGCUUGGAAUAAUUGGAUUUUCGUGUCGGUUAUGGUAGUUUUGUAUGUUUCGUAUUUUUUGAAAGUGAGAAAAGUGGCAAAAGGACAGCAGAAGUCGAAAGCGGCGAAGGCGAUAGUCGUCCAAUGCAUCAUAAUUUGUUUUUUCAACACUGUCUGUGCUCUUGUUUAUAACUCGUUCACACUAAUUACUCCGGAUCCGUUGAUUUUAUUAAUUG